AUGGCCGCGCCCCCCCAACCUAAGCCCCGCAAGUUCCCCCCACCCUGCUGGACCAACGACGAAGCGCAAGCCCUGAUCUCCAUCUACAAGGAUACGUGGUCCGCUCUCGGCCGAUCCAAUCUCAGAGCCUCCGACUGGGAAACGGUGGCCGCCGCCCUGGCUGGCCGGUGCCCGCUAGUAUCGCCGCCCAAGACCGCCAUACAGUGCCGCCACAAGAUGGAGAAGCUCCGGAAGCGCUACCGGAAUGAGAAACAGCGCGGUUCAACGCAUCCGGGUCGGUUUCUCUCUACCUGGGAUCUUUUUCGGCCCAUGUUUGACUUAGAAUGUGAGGCUCCUGCGCUUUUUGGGUCCGACCCGGAUCGGGAAACCCGGGUAGGUGUUCAAUUUGGACGUGGGUUUCGGGUGAGAAAGGAUGAAAAUGAUAGGUAUUUGGCUGAAUCUGAUCAGAACUUGAGCGACCCAGAUGAGGAAACCCGGAAAGGUGCUGGCGUUGGAGGUGGGUUUCGGGUCAACGCUGGUGUUCGUGGUAAAGGAAGGGAGAAUUCUAGCUUUUCAGCCGGUUUUGAUCGAUAUGUGAGUCGUGGAAAUGAUGGGGCUCGUGGGUUUCCUGUAAAAUCGUCGGGUGAUAGGAAUUUGGGGUCUGCAGAAUUUAGGAGCAAGAGUUAUGGCAAAACUUGUAAUGAGAAGUUUAGCCCCAAGCUGAACUUGAAGCGUGAUUGCAGCUAUGGAGCUGGUACAAUAAGUGGGUUUUAUAAGAAAUUUAGAGGGGGUUUGGAUUCUGAUGGCUUUGGGAAAGAGGUGGAGGAUCCGAUUGGACAGAUGGCUUCAUCGGUUGAGUUUUUGGGAGAAGUGUUUUUGAAGAUGGAGAAGAAGAAGAUGGAGAUGGCAAGGGAUAUUGUAAAGAUGAGGAUGGAGAUGGAAAUGAGGCAAAAUGAGCUCAUAAUGGAGUCACAGAAGCAGGUUUUGGCUGCCUGUGUGGAUGCAUUGUUGGAAAGCAAGAAGAAGAAGAAGAUGAAGGUGGUCUCAUCUGAUUCCUAG